AUGUUCUUCUUCUUCACUUGCGGAACACACGUCUUCAACUCUGCCCUCUCCGGCGCAGAGCACAUCACCGUACAAUGCCAAAACUGCGGUAACCUCUCCGGCCGCGUCAUGAAGCGCUGGGAAUGGUUUACAUUCUGCUUCGUCCCCAUUAUCCCGUUCUCGCUCAAGCCGUACAAGGAAGUUGGAUGCCACAUUUGCCAUUUCGGCCAGGACAUCAAGUACAGGCCAGAUGUACAGCAGCAGAUUUCAGGAGGUGGCGAGGCGCAUAUGAUGCAUGCUGGACAGCCGCCGGCGGGUGGGCCGCCGGGCUAUGGACCCCCGCCGCAGGGCGUGCCGCAGUAUAAAUAAAUCAUGGGGGCGGAGCGUGUGGCACGGCGUUAAGGGAGGUGGCCUUGAAAAAUCUAGGCAGUAAAGGCCUAGGCGUGGAGACGGUGUAUGGGGCACAGUAACAUUGACGAGCGUGGCGUACAAAAGUCGAGGGCGAGAAGUGAGGCGUUGGAGUGGAGAAAUGCGUGGCGUGGACUGCGAGUCUGCGGACGAUGGAUGAUUCUUCUUGGGGAUGGCGUUGGUGAACCUUUCAGAUACCACACGGCGUUUUUUUGAAGUCAGUACUGCAUCCUAUCACGAUCAAUUCGAUUAUCAUUAUAAUAUAU